UUCCCAAUUUCUUCCUCAACCCUUGCAUCAAACUGGCUUCCUCGUUCUCUUUUCCAAAGCUUUGGUCUGUAUUUUCAUGAGCAACGGAUCUCCAACGGCCUACCUGCUAUGGGCAAUACUAUCAUGCAUUUUCCUCGCCUUUCUUUGUCUACACCUAUGGGCUUAUGAUAGAUUCAAGUGUUUGAAGUGGGAUGCGGGGAGACAGCCAGGUGCUUUUAAAAGGGUCAUGACCUAUUCCUACGUCGCCACGCUCCCUUUACUGGUUUUAUUUAGCGUCUCAAUGACCUCUAUCAAGUUCAUGGAAGGCUACGUCGUGACACCUACUGGCCAAAUAAUACCUCGACCGUUCUCCCUUUGGCAGCCACACAACAGAGCCUGGUUGCUGCCACUCUAUUUCCUCUUAAGCAUUGGCUGGUCACUUGAACUUGUUACUCAUCUAGAAGAGCUGGCCUUCUGGUUAUUUCUUUUGCACCAGGGCCCAGGCAAGCGGGCCUGGUUCCAUAGUUGGGAGUUCCGGACAUGGUAUCUUGGUAGCAUGGCCGCUAUCCUCGGGAUGCCUUUAACUACCCUGGUCGCAAGGAGGGACCUGGAAACGUGUCAAGUAUGGAUUUUUCUCGUGGGGUCAUCGGCAGGAACAUCAACGACACUAUGCUUUCUCUACGUCUUGGCCCGAUUCCCUCAGUUCAUCGAACACGUGAAAGCAGAGGGUGCCGAACCAAAUGUUGUGGUUAGGCUCGCCACUUUUUAUCAGCUAAAUCGCGUUCGGGUCUUGUUUCGGUUCCUCUUCACCGUUCCUCUUUUGAUAAUCGCGUUGGAUGGUAUCAAGGCUCCGUACCCCAUUGUCGGUCACCCCUCAUCGUGCACCAUUAGAUUUGCUCUGGAUUUUCUUUUGAUGAUGGGUGGUAUCGGUUGUUUCAUAUCAUCAGCCAUUACCCUUCUCAUUUUCUUCCCCCGCUCUAUAACGCAAGAGUCCGGAUACAAAGCGAGAGUCGAAUCGCAACAGAUGUCUGGAAAGCCACCAACUGUCAGCUCACCACUCCCCGACUACUACCAACAUGUUCGAAAUCCGUCUUCCAUGAAAUCUACAUACCGGCGUCACCCUUUUCCACAACAACUUGGCCACCCUUUCCAUGGACACGACCGACAGUCGCACCCAGGACGCCGCCGUCGUUCAGGUGACAGCGAUAUUUCCCCAGGCUAUGAGUCCGACACGGAAGGCGUCAUGAUGCCCUCAGUUGUACCUUUUCAGCUGACGCCAUCAAGUCGCUCCCAGACAGUGAUGUCUAUGAAACCUGCAUCCGGAGGACGUUCGGAUGACACGAUGUGGGAACACCAAGCGCAAGCGACAGCUACGCGACGUCAUUCGGCUGGCUCGUUCGCGAUGCUUGCAAAGCCUACGCAUUCAGACGCAGCAGUAUCUGCGUCACAAGAAGAUCUCCGGCGACGACCCGGAGUCUCUAACCAACUACAUCCCUAUAUCUGCUUGAUCUCCCAGAUGUCGGCCACCCCCACCAUGUCUAGCAAAAUUACAUCUAUCUAA